UCGGCCGUGGCGUGAUCGUGGCGUGUGGUUUGUUGCCACACACUUCGUGACUUACGUGUUUUGCCACAAUCCGUUUACAUACAAUUGAAUACAAGUAACAAAAGUGAUAAUAGUUUAGGGUGUGUAUGAGUUUCAUAGAGAUGCUGUGAAUUUUCGAAUGCCUUUUUUAAAUCGGUAGUAUUGUAGUUUACGCUAAGAUAUAUAUGAACAGAGUAACUGGUGCAUAUCACAUGUGUUCUUGGUGCUGUUUUGCUUUUAACUGUGUUCACGAUGAAUGGAGUGACAGGUGAUGGGGGAAAUGACAGACACUCGGCGGUGGACGUUGUGGGGGGGCUGGGGGCGGCGGAGGCAACGGUGGGGGAGAGGGGCGCCGACAACAAGCGCUGGCUCCAGCCCGCCGAGGACAGGGUAUCAUUCCCGGUGGUCCGGUCGGAGCCGGAGCGCGGGGAACGCGGCCCGCUGCGUGCGGCCCGCUCGGCGGAGGGCGGGUCCCCCCGCGCGCGGCGCACGCGCGAGUCUCGCCGCGUGUCGCUGGCGCAGGCGGCUGGAUACGUGCAGCUCAACCAGUACCGCCUGCUGGAGCCUAUAGGACAGGGUUCAUACGGUAUAGUGAAGUUAGCGUAUAGCGAAGAGGACGACACACAUUAUGCGAUGAAGAUUCUCUCAAAACGCAAGCUAAUGCGGCGCGCGGGUCUGUUCGGGAAGACGCCACCGCGCCGGCCCGGGACGCAGACCGCAGCGACAAACGCACCGCAGCCGACUGCGGAUCCCCUGCAGCGAGUGUACCGCGAGAUCGCCGUGCUCAAGAAGCUGGAUCAUCCCAACGUCGUUAAGCUCGUGGAGGUGCUGGACGACCCGGCGGAGGACCAGCUGUACCUGGUGUUCGCGCUGCUGGAGGGGGGGCCCGUGGUGGACGUGCCCACCGACCGCCCCCUGCCUGAGGACUGCGCCAGGACCUAUUUCCGGGACGCGCUGCUCGGGGUCGAGUACCUGCACUACCAGCGCAUCGCCCACCGGGACAUCAAGCCAGCGAACCUGCUGCUGGGUGACGGCCGGGUGCAGCUGGCUGACCUGGGCGCCAGCGGGGAGCUGGCGGGGGAGGUGCGGCUGGCGGGGGCGGUGGGCACGCCAGCAUUCCGCGCCCCUGAGGCUGCUGUCUCCGCUGACACGUAUUUGGGAGAGGCAGCAGACAUUUGGUCUCUGGGCGCGACGCUAUACGCGAUGGUGACGGGCCGCGUGCCGUGGCUGGCCAGCAGCGUCGCGGAGCUGCAGCGCCGGAUCCUGGCCGAUCCCCUCACCUUCCCCGCCAGGCCGCAUCUCAGCAGACCCCUCAAGAGGCUGCUGUUCAGGAUGCUGGAUAAAGACCCCAAUACCAGGGCUACGAUGAAGGAGAUCAAGAACCACGAAUGGGUGACGAACAACGGGACGGAGCCGCUGCCGUCUGAGGAGGAGAACUGCCGGCUGGUGGAGGUGACGGAUGAGGACAUGGCGCAGGUCGUCACCUCCAUACCCAACCUCUCCACCCUCAUACUCAUCAAGACCAUGCUCAAGAAGCACAGCUUCCAGAACCCGUUCCUCCGUAGCCGCGAGAACAGCGCUCGGCGAGAGUCUGUGGACUCGACUGGGGAGCCGGCUGCGCGCGCGCAACGCAAGCCCGGCCUCGCGCGCUCCGGCAGAUCACUCUCCGCGCCUGGGAACUAUAUGACUGAGAAACAACAAUCAUUCGAAACUGCGUUAGAAGCCGUAGAAGAGAGAGACGCGCAGUGUGGUGCUAGUGAAGAAGAGAGUAAUGAAGAGGAAGCGAAGAGAGAAAAGAGAGAUGACCACAACGAUACCAAUCAGACUGCCAAGCUUAACACUGCUCAAAAAGUUGCCAGUAGUCAGAGUAAAGAAAAAUGUCAGAAUGGCGAGGGGAGUAGUCGCAAAAUUAGUAGCACUCAAAACAGCAAUGACAGUCAAAGUAGCAAGAUCAGUAGCUGUAGCAAUCGAGCUGAACGGUGCAAUUCUACUAAAGAUAGAAACUGUGUUAGUAGCAUAGGAAACGGUCAAAGCAAAGUCAGAAAAAACAGCAGAGAAGAGAGUAAAGAAAAGAACAGAACUGACACAGUGAACAAGGGGAAGGAUGCGAAGGUGUCACGGUGAUGGCGCGCGGGUGCUUAGGGCUUCGCCCCUUGCACGGCCCCACUCCCAAAUACCCAAUUUUAACACUCCUUUAGUGUCCUAUAAGUGUAAUUCAUUUUGAGCUAAGAGCGCACAGAAUAACAAAAAGGUGCUUGAUAUUUUUAUUUAUCUUUGCUUCAGUUAAUUUUGAGCCUAGAGCCACUAGUAUUCAAGAGCAGCUUAAAAAGUUUAAAUACAAAUUAUAGUAUAAGCGUUGACUGAGCUUACCUUAGCAUUAUGUAUGACACAAUUUUUUUUGUGUUUAAGGAAUAUUGUUCAUAGUUUAUAAUUAUUUUUCGCACAAUACGGUAGCUAUAUUAUUAUUUUAUGCAGCAUUUAAUAUUUUGUUACUUAAAAGCUAAGAAUUCGAUAUUCCACUGCAACGAAGUGCGCACGGACCAACCUGCAUUUUACAUAGAACUUGUCGUCGUGGUUAGUGAUUUUAGCCUAGGUAUGGUAGCUAUUAUUUUUACAUUUUUGAACGUAUAAGAAAUUAUUAUAUUAUUUAGAAUUCAGUUGUAAUCGUGAACCAAGCCGUUACGAGCCAGUACGUCUUAUUUAUCCUGACAAUCGUAAAUGUAAAUACUUAUAAUAUUGUGUUGAUUCUUCGAAAUAUUUAAAGACGAUACGUCACUAAAAUUCUUAAGAUUUUAUUCAGAUUUUACUAGCUUUAUAAAGCACUGACGUGUACAUAGACGUAAGCAUAGUAUUUUAUUAUAUUCAAUCUAAAUAUUCUAUUUCUAGUCGGAAGAUCUUCUAUGACACUUUUUAUCUCCUUAUAAUAAGAUGCACGUAUUUUUAUAUUUUAUCUAAUUAUUAAAUCGUGUUUAUUGCUAAAGCGCAUUUAAAUUUUAAAAUAUUUUUUAAUAUUACGAGAAUCUAUGGUACUUCAUAGGCUUAAGACGUUUACCCUUCUAUAUGAGUACAUAGCGUAAAAUGCUCAAAAUUGCUUUUAUAAUAUUGUACAGUAUAUUUUAUUAGGAUUAAUUGUCGCUUAUCGCCCCACCACGGUAAAACCCUGGGACCUAACGGAACAUCGAAAUAUGCACAAAAUAUUACUUACAUAAUUUGAUUUUUUUGACGUAGUCCUUAGUUAUCCAUUUCUAUUGCUAUCGGGGACCCUUUUGAGUCAAUUAGAAAACUUUACAGAUCCUAUUGUGGAAAUUCUGAAAUUUAAAAGAAUUGGAUAAAUUUAAACAUUAGAGUCAUAUUUUUCCUUUAUAAUCUCAUACAGUUGCUCAAUAAUAUAAGUUGAUAUUUUUACGGCCACCUCUCUGCCUACGCCAAGUUUGUAUUGCUAGAUCUGACAUAAUAUUACGAAGCUUGUGAGAUCUUGAUCUUCUUAUAGUGUAAGAUCAUAGGAUUUGAAUUCUCCGUAUUAUAAAUUGUACCGUCUUGGUAUAAAUUGGUUAAUAGUUCGAGGCACUUUGUAUGGUGUGGGAAAUAUGUGCAGUAGAUAUAUUCCAUUAUAUAAAUACUCUGUGGUAGAUAUUGUACCACCCUUUUAAAGUUAUUUUUUAAUAAAUUUUGUUUUAUUCAAAAUUCAUUGGGUAAAUAAAAUCGAGCAUCUCGUUUUGUCUCAGUGGGCAAUGUCUUAUGUCAUUAAGCAUUAAUUGUGUAUCAACCCACAAAACUUUUUUGACGAAUGUAGUCUUGCUCUAAAAUUCUUAAUGAUCUAAAUAACAUAACUUCCUAAUUCAAUACGUACUUUUUUUUUGUUGGUUGAUACACAAAUGCUUCAAACAGUCCAUUAACACUCUGCGCCUGAGCUCUGUGUAAUUAUGGUAUUUUGUAACACGACUGCGGUGACGCUUCCUCCCUUGAUUACUCUGGCGCGCGGAAAGGAAGAAUUUUCUUAAGAUAUAUUUACAGCACGUAUUCCCCACCACCCUCGCCGAGUACGGUUCCCGUGCUCACAGGGUCGGAGCCUCCUGUCCAGCUUAGAGUUUAUGGUUAGCGAGCGGUCCAAAUGUAUGUUGCCUUUUAAUGUUGUGAUAGACUAGGGAGGCGCCCCGUAUCUUAAGCUGUACAUAAUAAAGAUAUUGUUUUUGGUCCA